CGCAGACGAUUGGCCAAGUGGUUGCUGCCUCCCGUCACGACCCUCUGCACUCUUUAUUCUCCUCCCGGGCCAGCUGACCCAUACACUCGUUGCGGCCCCGCGCCAGACGCACACACGACACACACACGACGCACCCUCGACGCACCCGCCCGAACGCAAACUUUUGGCUGCCACCACGACAUCACGAGACAUGACGCCCACCAUGUUCUCCAAAAACCCGCCCAAGAUCCGCACCAAGACGGUCAUAGUCAAGCGGGAGGUCCGCCCCGUGACAAGCAGGAGCAACAGCGCCACGUCGGCGCCGCCAGGGAACAGAUACCGGCUGACGGCCGCUCCCCCGACGCAGCCCCAGGUGCGGGAGCCCGCGCGCCAGACGCUGUCCGUGUCGCGCGUGCAGCAGCGCAAGCGCAAGGCGUCGCCGAGCACGCCGCAGUGGGCCAGCAGCGACGAGUCGAGCGACGACGCCGACGACACCGACCUGCUGGGCGUCAAGCGCCAGAAGACGCGCCUGAACAGCAGCAGCAUGGAGCCCAUGACGCUGAACCGCACCCUCGAGCCCGACCCCAACCGGCGCAUCCGCAUACAGGACUCGGACACGGACGGCGACAAGAGCGAGAAGAGUAAAAAAGGCCGUCUAAUACAGGGCCUCGACAUGUCGCGCGACGAGGGCGCAAAGGACUUCAAGCCCGCCUUCUCCGGCCACGACAAGCCUCCCGUCGUCGAACUGCAGUACCCCUCGCCCUCGCGCCCGGAGCCCUUCGAGGCCGUCGACCCUCUCGACUCACGGGAAGGCUACGCCCCGCUCGAGGACAUCUACUUCAGCAUCGAGGAGAUAAUCCAGCACUACCUCCCCUCGGACCUAUCCAGCUUCCUCUCCUCCGACGCCGAAGGCACAGUACGCCUGCUAAAGCGCGCCGUAGCCAAAAACAGCAUCCCGGACUUCCUCGCCGAGCUCUCCGCCUUCAACAAGCUAAUCCGCGAAAACACCGCAGACGGCACAAUCCCCCGCAUCCUAGACACCAUGCACGCCCUCCCCCUCAGCCUCGUAAAACGCAUCACAGCCCAAACAUACAACCGCAUCGUCUCGCCCCACGCCCACCGCCUGCGCAAAGUAAAGGGGAAAGAAACUACCUACGGCGAACUUCUCCCGCCCUUCGUGCAUAAAAUCUUCCACCAAACAGCCCUAAACUCCUCCCACGUCUUCGUCGACCUCGGCUCAGGCGUCGGAAACGUCGUCCUGCAGUCCGCCCUCCAAACCGGCGCCGCGUCACACGGUAUUGAGAAAAUGCCCCUCGCUGCCUCCCUCGGCGCACGUCAGGCGUCGGAACUGCGCGCCCGCGCCCGUCUGUGGAACAUCGCGCUCGGUCCGCUUGCCCUCGCGCACGGCGACUUCCUCGACACCCCCGCUAUCGACGCCGUGCUGCGGAUUGCCGAUGUCGUGCUGGUGAAUAACAAGGUGUUUGGCGAGGCGCUGAAUAACGCUCUCUUGCAGAAGUUUCUCGACUUGAAGGAGGGGUGUAGGGUUGUUAGUUUGGAGUCGUUUGGUGGCGGGGCGAAGCAGGGGGUGAGGAAUGAGCAGAGUAUCGCCGGGCUUUUUGAUGAGGAGAGGUUUGAGUCUGGGACUGAUAGUGUGAGUUGGACGGGGGAUAGUGUCGAGUAUUAUAUUGCUACGAAGGUGCGGUAGGGAGUGGUCUUCUGUUCUUCUGUUACUCCUUUUUUUCUGUUGUCCUCAGGUGGAUUCUUGCGGUUUCUUGCUUCUCUUCGACGACGAGCGGUUGUAGAUUUAUACUUAUGGGUUUUGUGUAGAUCGGUUUCUCGGCGCGUUUCGACAGAAGGCUGGGGAACCUUAGAG